AUGAAAAUUAAAACAGUAUUUUUUAUUUUUUUAAUUAUAACAUUAUCUAUUACUAUUUCACAUAGUAGGUUUAAUUAUAGAGAAGAAAAUGAAGAGGAUGAUAUAGAGGUUAUUGUAAAAGUUAAAGUACAAAUAAAUAAACACACAGAUGACAACUAUGUAGAACUUGAUGAUAUUGAAGAUGAAAAAUGCAAUAGAUGUAAAUAUUAUGAAGAUAAAUUAGAAAUCGAAGCAAUAGAUGAUAAUUCAGACAAUGAAGAUAUUAGUAAAAAUAAAGGACAUCAUUAUCAUCAUCAUCGUGAUGUGUGUGGAUGUUUAUUGGAGUACUAUGGUAAAGAAUGCAGAAAAAGAGAAUUCAAUUAUCAAAAAGAGUUUAUUAAAUGGUCAAAUGAUUAUAAUAAAACCUAUACAGCUAAUAAUUUUUACAAGUCAUAUGAAAUCUUUAAAGAUAGUUAUAGAUAUAUUGAACAACACAGCAAAAAAAACGACUCUACUUAUAAAAUAGGUUUAAAUGAAUUUGCAGAUAUUUCACCAGAGGAGUUUGCCCAAACCUAUUUAAUUCAAUUAAACACAACAGAAAUCGAAGAAAUGAUGAACCAAACACAAACACCCAUCCCAACUGAAACCCCAUCACCAUAUCCCAACAUAUGCAAUAUUCAAGUUCAACAAGAGAUCAUUACCUCAUGGAUCACUCAAAAUGAAAAAUACAUCAAUGUUAAAGCUACUAUUCAUAAUUUAGGGUCGUCAACAAUAAAUAGUUUUACAUUUUAUUUAGAGGUAACUAGCAUUUGGGAAGUUUCUACUAUAGGUUCAAAUAAGUAUGGACUACCACAUUGGAGACCAACUAUUGCAGUAAAUGAUUCUAUUUCAUUUUCCUAUAUCAAAAAAGCAAAUAACAUAACAGAUUUGGAACAAGUAGAAACAAGAUGUGAAUCCCAUUCAAAUAAAACCCAACCCUCCAAUAAAUCAGGAUUAUUAAUGUCAACAGCUAGUGCUGAUUGGUCCUCAUCUCUUCCACCUGUUAAAAACCAAGGAAGUUGUGGAUCUUGUUACGCUUUUGCAAGUAUAACAGCACUAGAAGGUGCUUUAUCUAAAAAAGGAAUUCAGGCUCGAUUAAGUGAACAAGAAAUUGUUGAUUGUACAAGAAACCAAGGUAACAAUGGUUGUUCAGGUGGUUGGUUUACAGGUGUUUAUGAUUAUAUCAGAGCAAAUAAAGGAGUAAGUUUAGAAACAGGAUAUCCAUAUACUAAUUCUGAAGGUACAUGUAGACCAACUUCAAAAAAUGGUGGUAUAAAUUCAUAUGUAAAUAUAAAUAAUGAAAGAUCUAUGACUGAUGCCCUUACAAGAGUAGGCCCCAUAGCAGUUGCUUUACAAGCAGGUGUAAGAUCUUUCCAACUUUAUCAAAGUGGAUUAUAUAACGAUGCUGCAUGUGGUAAAGGAAAUAUUGACCACGCAGUUACUCUUAUUGGUGAGUAUUUAUACUUAUAA